CAAAGAUACUUCAAUCUGUGAAAUCGGAGGUUCAGCCAAAUAAUGUUCUCUUUGCAACUGUGGAUGGCUGUGGGGAUUCUUGCCUGGAUGUGUUUGCUGUGGAGCCGACGGAGAUUUUACUUACUGAUGCUGAGGUUGAAGGGUCCCAUAGGAUAUCCCUUCUUUGGCAUUGCCAUCAAGUAUAUUCGGGAUAAACGUAAUAUAGGCAUGCGCAGUAAACAUUUCAAGGAAUAUGGACCGACCUACCUCACAUGGAUUGGCCCAAUGCCAGUCGUAGCGACAAGUGAGCCAAAUGUUGUCCAGGAUAUUUUAACGUCUCCCCAUUGCAUGGACAAGAACCAGAUUCUGAGCAAAGCCAUAUUGAUGAAUGGUGGUCCGGGAAGUCUGGGAAUGGGAGGAGCACAUUGGGUUGAGCGUCGCAAGCAGAUGAAUCCCUCAUUCAGACACAAUGUUCUGAUGAGCUUCAUUCCGAUCUUCAAUGAGGAGACAAAAAGCUUUUUGUCCGUGCUCGACACUUUUGUGGGCCAGGGUGAAAGGGAAAUAUUUCCGGACUUGGAAAACUGUUUCUUUAGAGCGUCUAUUCGAACAACAAUGGGCAGCGAUGUGAAGGAGAAUCCAAUCGUCAAGAAUGGGACACUAAUCAAACACUUCCAACUAGUCCUUGACUUUACAACGCUGCUGAUGGCAAUUUGGUCGACCCUGAACAGAACUAUAUCAAAGAAGGUGGGAUGGGAAACACGAAGAGCAGAAGCUGCGUUUGCGGUGAAAGAUCCGAUGAGAGGCAUAAUUGAGGAAAGGUUGACCAAAAAGCCAGACGAAGGCCAAGAAUCCUUGGCAAGCAGAAAUAUAGUGAUUAAUCGGGCUGUGAACUUUCUUAAAAGCGGAGAAUUCUCCAUCGAAGAUGCCGAGGCCGAGUGCAGUAUUAUCGUUGCCGCUGGCUUUGUGACAACGGCCAUAACAGUCUUUAGCACUCUAACCUUUAUGGCCAUGUCCCCCGAGUAUCAAGAUGCCGCCUUUGAGGAGCUGAAAGAUGUAUUCCCAAAUGCAGGGGACUUUGAGGUCUCCUACGAAGACCUGCAGAAACUGGUGUACUUGGAUCGUGUGUUGAACGAGUCGAUGCGGUUGAUCCCAGCGAUUCCAUUGCUCCCACGGGUGACCGCGCAGGACGUUCGGCUGUCCAAUGGCAUCCUAUUACCCAAAGGCCUGACAGUGAGCAUCGACAUAUUCCACACGCACCGCAAUAAGGAUGUCUGGGGCCCAGAGGCAGACAAGUUUAACCCCGACAACUUUCUUCCCGAAAAUAUUUCGAAGAUUCAUCAAUAUGCUUACAUUCCAUUCAACAAGGGAAAGAGAUACUGCAUUGGCUGGAAAUACGCCGAAAUAUCUGCAAAGAUUGCCCUCGCAAAGGUUCUGAGGAACUUCAAGCUGAGCACCAGUUUUCGCCCUGAGGAUUUUGUAUUCAUGGACAAUAUUGGUAUGGAGUUGGGCAAGAAACCUCUACUGGCACUGCAGCGAAGGGCUUAAAGGAAGGUAUAUGUGAUAUAUAAUAAUAAAUUUGUACAGAAGGAAUUGUAUUUAAGGUACGAUCUGUUAGCUUGUAGCUGUAUAAAGUAUAUUGUAGAAACAA